UCACAGAGUGAGUAUAAUAUGCUUAAAAACGACUUAAACGAGCAUUAUUAAUUAUGGAUUUAUCUUAAUUAAGUAUCACUGACUUUUAAUUCACAUUAAUGAUUAUUAAUUACUCCAAUUUAGAUAAGAUCUAUAAAUAUUACAUCAAAUGGCGAGUUACAAAAAAUUAGGCGGUAGUUGUUCGAAGAUAAAUUUAUCAUCGACAUUUGCCCCCGGAAAUUGUUUAAAAUCGUCAGAUUCUUACGAUACUUCCGUCUCUCGUCGCCAGUUUCUUAAAGAUAUUCACUUUUAUAAUAAUUACGUAAAAGGUUGCAAUGCCCUCAGUCGUAUGAUAUUUUGUCAGGAGAUCGAUGAAAUGAAAUAUGCUCAGUACAAGAUGAUACCUAUCGUCAAUGGUAUCGUCGCUUAUUAUACUACGAAAAUGAAAAAUGCAAUGUAUUCGGGGAUUUUGGGUAUCACCAGCGGAGGGCAAAAUAUCCUUCAGAAGUCGAUCGGAUUUUGCAACAACACGAACGAAGCAACAUCCACCAGUGUUGUCGACAAAUUUAGAUGUUUUUGUCGCAGUUUUAUUGUUAAAACUGUAAAUUGGUUAGAGCCCAUUCGAGUAUGCAAAUCGGAAGAUGCCAUAAAUGAAGCUGUGUGUGAGGAGGAGCAUCGUGAAAAUAUUUCACUGGAUAAUGAAGGUGUAACAAAAUUAUCCAUGACUCCAGACGUUACCAUUGAUAAACACGAACAACAUCAAGAGGAAAUGUUGAAUAGGAUUCAAUAUCAUAUUUAUAAAUUAAUCGAUUACGUUACAGAAAUAAUUAAAUCGAAGAACAUUUCAUUUUUUAUAUCCGGAAGUAAAGAUAUUGUCGACAAGCCACCAAAUUUGCUAGAGUCGGCAGCACUGAGAGAAGAAGAUAUUGCAAUUUCUACUUUGCACGGCAUGCUUAGGGGCCUUUCAAAGAAUAUUAACUCUAAAAGGGAGAAAAUUUUAAGAAAAGAGAAGAAAAUUAUUUAAAAAUUUCUAUAUUUUAUAUUAUACUUUUUAAUUAAAAUAACAAUCGUUAGCAAAAAAAAUAAAAUUUGUUAAUCGAAUCUAUUUAUACGAAUUAUUGAAUUUAAUGUAUAAGCAUAUACAAAACAAGAUAAGGGGGCUGAUAUACCUUAUCACAGGUUCUCGAUUGUUGUGAAAUAAUAAACGUUUCUAUCACGUGGCCAGUUAUCUUUUUGCUUAUUCCUGUGUUAGCUAUGGGAUGUUGCAAAUGUAAUUUGUAUACUUACACAAAUGUCGCCGGUGUUUUUGGUAUUAUUUUAUCAGUAUACACCAUAGCAUGGACGACUUUCAUAAGCUAUGAGAAAUUGUCUGGAAGAUCGUACGUAACGGAAAUAUACGUGACAGAAUCACCGAACGUAACGGAAUUUAAUGUAACAGAAUCACCGGAAAUAACAGAAUCUACGUUUGUUUCGGAAGAGUCAAAUGUAACGGACUCGACUAAUGUAACAGAACCUUCGAAAAUACAAAAAAUCAUUAAUAAGUUUGAUAAUGAUAACACUACAACAGCUUAUAUACUAUUUAUAACUGUAAUAAUCACCACAUUCCUCCAUAUACUAUGGCUGAUAUCAUCGUUUAUUUUGAUUAGAGGAAACGCAAAAAAAUAUCGGAAAAUCCUCUGUUUAUGGAUCGUCAUCGCAUCGUUAAUAUUAAUAAUCGAUGUUGCCUCCGCGAGUUAUUUCACUUACGAUUUGUUGAAAGAUGGUCCUCCCAAUCUUAAAGGCAAAACUGCUUGUGGAGUCUGGUUUAAAAUACAGUAUCCCGUUAUAUUCGGUAAAGCGGGAAUAUUCCUUGUAGCAAAUAUCAUAUUCAUAAUAGUAGUGGCCCUGAGGAGAAGAUCCAUUGAUACGUUUAAGAAAUCUAGUGAUUUUUGGGGUACAAGUUACUCUCUGGAGCAAUUAACAAGAUGCUGCAUUUACGAAGAACCAAGCGUAAUUAAUCCAGCCGUGUCCUUACAAAAUUACCAUAGGAGUAUUUGCGAGUAUCCACAAAACGCAAAUGGUGGAUUUUACAAGAGGGCCGAAAACAUUUAUGUUGACACAAAUGAAAUGAAUUUAUCUAAAAACAAAACUACAAAUUGAAACGGGAGAAUGCAAUGGAACAAUUAUUGACAUUUACACUGUGUUAAUAUUUAUGUAAAAUUAAACAGGUCAAUCACUAAUCCGACAUUAAUUUCGGCUAAGGUAAUUUCAAAUUUUUCAAGUCGCCCUCACCAACGAGCCUCUAUUGUUGCAGUAUUCAGUGUUGCCAGAUGUACGAUAAUCUAACAAGAAUUUUCAAUUCAUGUUUAUUUUCUAAUUAACGUGUUAUACCGUUUUACAGAGUAUUUUGAAGAUAGGUUGAGAUAGAAUUCCAACUGUUAACUAAUCUAUUAGUAAUCCGGAAAUUACUAUCCGGCAUUUUACAAAUUACAAUAAUGUCGGAUUAGCCAUGUCUAAUCUGUAUUAUAUUUGGUAUUUGCUCUAUGUGAACAAAUUAUAUUGUGUAUAAAAA